CUAAGCGUCUAGUCAAACAGUUGCGCCGUUUCUGCGUUUUAGGCCCGCGUUGAACCUGACGCGCGUUCGUUGGUGUGCUGAAGAAGUUGCGAAAAGACAUUUUCUCAGACAUUCAGAUCGAAAGGCUUGCGUGAGGAGACUUUUUUUGAAGAAGUUACUCUUAUAUAUCGGUGUAAAAAUUGUUCUUAACAAUGGAUGAUCAGAUAAGCUCAACUACACCCUCGUAUGGCUUUCAGCAUGAUGAUGAUGAAGAAGAAGAAUACCGAGCAGACAAACACGUGAACUCGUUGAUGGAUGAAGGAGCUGAUUUCAUGCAAAGAGAGGCAGAGGCCCAUAAUUUAGACGAAGAUGAAAUCUUAGAUCUGGCCGGAGGAGCGAAAGAUGCGCUGGAGAGGCACAGGUCCACAUUGCCACGUACCGAAGAGCCUCUGCUGGACUUUACAGAACCGGAACCAUCAUCCACCUAUAAACCAGAGCCAGAAGCUGUCAAACCAGCACCGAUCAGUGCGUUUGGAGAUGCAAUAACAAAACCGACAAAAUCAGAAGAAAAAGAAGAGAAAACAACAGUCACACCAUCCGAAUCUAAAUCUUGUUGUUCAUUGGUGGACCUGCUGUAUUGGCGAGAUCUGCAGAGGACGGGGGUGGUGUUUGGAGCCAGUCUGUUCCUGCUGCUGUCCCUCAGCGUGUGCAGUAUUAUCAGCGUGAUCUCCUACGUGGCUCUUGCCCUGCUGUCUGUCACCAUCUCCUUCAGAAUAUACAAAGGCAUUUUACAGGCUGUUCAGAAAUCAGAGGAUGGACACCCCUUCAAGAUGUAUCUGGAUAAAGAUGUCGGGAUCUCUUCGGAGUUGGUUCAUAAGUACAGUGACACUGCUCUGGUGCGUCUCAACUCUGUGAUUAAGGAGCUGCGACGACUCUUCCUGGUGGAGGAUUUGGUGGACUCGCUCAAGUUUGCAGUUCUCAUGUGGAUCCUGACCUAUGUUGGUGCCUUGUUCAAUGGUCUUACUAUUCUUAUUUUGGGUCUCAUAGGUGCUUUCAGUUGGCCAGUGAUCUAUGAAAAGCAUCAGGCACAAAUUGACCAUUACUAUGGACUGGUGAACAAGCAAAUCAAAGAUGUUUUGGGAACGAUCCAGGCCAAGAUUCCCGGAGCGAAGCCAAAGACAGAGUGAAGAAAGUUAGCUAGUGUGUUAUUUCUGUGCACGAGACGUGAUGGUGGAACAAGCGAAGACGGACAGAAUCGUGUUUGGUUUGGAAAAAGGCCUUAGACGAUGCAAUGUAAACUUUACCCCCCCUCCCCUCAGUGUUUGAAAUGUUAGCAUAACUGAGAAUGAAACCUUUUUAAACCUCUUAUCAGUUUCUCUCACAAGCAGAGUCAUCACUGUCAUUCACAGUAGAUCUAGUUCUCAAUGUUUGAAGUUAAACGCAGCUACGUAACACCAUUACAGAAUGUAGUCCGAGGAACUGAUGUCGGCAAAGGCAGGAAUCGAUGAGGUUUUUCCGUUUACUAUUUGCUCAGUGAAGCGUUCACCUUGUUUGAAGGCCAUUUUGAUUAAUUUCAGUAUGAUAAAGGGAGUGAAUUUUGGUUACGAAGUUCCUUCACAGCAAGUUGUUUGUUUUUAGCUAAUUUUCCCUUUUUGUUUGUACUUUGCGUACUAGAACACAGUGGUGUUGUGGUGUAACUGUGUUAAAGUUGAUGCAAUUAAAUUGUGUUAGAGGUGAAGAGGCUUCUAGUCUUCUGUAGCAGAGUUUAAGAGCAGUUUUAUUUCGCACUCGUCUUCAAAGGGAUCUGUUACGGUAUAUUGCACCCAACUACUCAUUGUUUUUAGCCGUUUAGUGAAAAAGUUACAAAAAAAAAAAAAAAGCAAA